UAAAAAAUUUUGCUUCACCGUCCUCUUAUGGUAAACAAUAGAAGCCAAAAUAUCAUAUCAAGGAAGCGUCGUUAGAAGACAAUCGAGAGUACUCACAGCACGCAACAUGACUGCUGCGUCAAUCCUUUUGGAAGGAGGAUCUUGGAUGACCAUCUUUCUUUCCUUCUGCCUCCUGUUGCUCCUGUUGAAUCUACUGGUAGAGCGAGGAAAAUUUCUGUACGCCUUGAGGAAGGUGUCCUAUCCCACAGCGCUGCCUAUCAUCGGUAACGCUUAUCAGCUCUUCUGCUCGCAAGAAGAAUUCUUUCAGAACUUGAGAAAAUGGGCUCGCGAGUUUGGCGACAUUUAUUUAGUUUGGGUCGGCCUGCGGCCCUUCAUCUUCCUCUACAGAGUGGAGACAGUGCAACCCUUGCUCAGUAGCAGUGUGCACAUCGACAAGAGUCUCGAGUAUGAAUAUUUGAAGCCGUGGCUUGGUACCGGUCUGGUGACUAGUACUGGUGACAAAUGGCACUUUCGCAGGAAACUGUUGACGCCGAGCUUCCACAGCGGUCUUCUCGAAACAUAUUUUAAAAUUACGAAAGAAGAGAUAAAUGUUUUGAUUUCCUGUCUCGAGAAAGAAGCGAACAAAUGGUUUGAUGUGGUACCUUACGCAAAACGUGCUACCCUUGAUAUUAUAUGCGAAUCUGCAAUGGGUUAUAAACUUAAUGCUCAAAGAAAUUCCAAAAACGAAUAUGUCGAGGCUGUGGACAAAAUAGCGUCUAUUGUACAGAUGCGUUUCACGAACGUGUGGAUAUCGUCUGAUUUGAUCUUCAACUUGACCAAAGCGGGAAAGGAGCACAAUCACUCGCUCUCCGUUAUUCACAAUUUUGUCGACGAGGUAAUCGCGAAGAGAAAGGCCGAAUGGAAGUUGAAACAUGAUGGAAAUUUUAAUAAACCGUCGAAUAAGAAACAGGCUCUGCUGGAUUUGUUACUCGAGAUAUCACAAAACGGAACCGUCCUUUCAGAUGAAGAUAUUCGUGAAGAGGUAAAUACUUUUAUGUACGCCGGACACGAUACGGUGGCUACCAGCAUAGCUUGGACGCUUUACGCUUUGGGGCGACAUCCCGAGUACCAGGAAAAGAUCAUAGACGAAUAUAACGAUGUAAUGGGCACAACGGAAAUUACACUAAACAACAUUCACAAAUUAACAUGGCUGGAUGCCUGCAUUAAGGAGCAAUGGAGGCUAUAUCCAGUAGCUCCGCUCAUAGCGAGACAGAUCUAUAAGCCGAUCGACUUAAUGGGCAUCGAAAUUCCGCCAGGCUCGACGGUUAUCAUCAACUCCUAUCUGCUACAUCGUGACGAUCGUUACUUUCCCGAUCCGCAUGUUUAUCGUCCGGAGCGUUUCUUGCCGGACAGUCCCAAAUUACCGCCUUACGUUUUCAUCCCUUUCAGUGCCGGUUCACGAAAUUGCAUCGGCUGGAGAUUUGCCACGUUAGUCAUUAAAGUGGCCGUCUUAUCCAUAUUAAAAAGUUUCCGCGUGGAAGCUCUCGACACGGAAGACCAACUGCGCUUCAUAUCCGAAUUGGUACUUAUCAAUGCAAACGGACUUCAUCUCAAAAUAACACCACGCAAGCAAUGAAAACGAAAUUCUUUUCCAUCUUUAAAAUAUACUAGAACAUCACAAGCGCGCGCCAUUUAUUUUAUGAUACAUAGAGCUUAUACUAAUUGAGGGGCCUUGCCUAUAUGCCAACCAUAGCCAGUUGGUUAACGUCAAAAUAUUUCCUUGCUGUGACUCUCGGAACACGUUCGAUAUAUAACAAGAAAAUUUUUUUCUUGCGGGAACAAUUAUAGAAGUUUUAAUAAUACUAGCACAACACAACGCGCGCUUCGCGCGCGGCAUUUAUUCUUUUUCAUUAAACAUUUUUAACGAUAUAUACACAAAAUAACUGUCAAAAUAUGCAAUGACAGCCGCUCACGAAGUAAGCGCAAUGACAGAACCAAUCAGCAUCGCGGAAAAGAGGCAACAAUACACUUCGAGACUUUCGAGUAUCGACAUAACAUGCCUCUUUUAGAUAGGGAGUAAUAUGAGAAGAUGAUAUGUUAGCUUUAAUUUAGGACCGAAAGUCUCUCCUUCUCUCUCUGCUUUACUUUAAAAAGAUUAGGAAAAGAAAAAGAAGCAAGACAAUCAAAAAUUGAAUCUGCCGCUUAUUGAGCAAAUAUCUUCUUAAUCUGUUUUCAGUAAAAAUUAUAUAUAUGUAAAAAAAUUAUGUAUAUGUAUGUGUGUAUGUUUAUAAAAAUAUGAAUCUUAUAUUUUAAUGUUA